AUGACAAGAUCAAUUUUGCAUUCACCGAGUCCUAUUUGGAUACCUGCCGGUGCAGAAUCCAGCUUUGAGGGUGUUCCGAUUUCUAAUGCAUUUCAGUAUGGACACUUAGCUGCUUGUUCUGAAAAAUAUCUUGCUGUUGCUACAGGAUUUAAUGCUGGAGGAUUGGUGGCUUUAUUGGAUUUGUCGAAGCCUGGUCGUUAUGACGGUGAUACUUACUAUCGAGCCCAAUGUCAUUCAAAUUCGGUGACAGAUUUGGCGUGGAAUAAGUCGACAUUGGCAACCUCGUCUUUAGAUAAAACGGUUAAAUUGUGGAGGGCACAAACUCGUAAAAAUGAGACCACUGAAACACCGGUACUGGAGCAUUUAUGUGCUUUUCAACACAAAGAUCGGGUUGUCAAUAUCGCCUGGUCUCCAAAUAACCCCCACCUCCUGGCUACAGCUCUUUAUGGUAGAAAAGUAAGUUUCUAA